AGCAGAACAUGCAGACAGCUGCAGGGAAUGGACCAGCUCCUGGAGUUCUGACAUGGAUCAGCAGUGCUCUGCCUCAACCAGCACUUCCAACCAGCACCACCACCAAGGAUGAAGCUGCAGCAGCCAGUAAACCUGAUGAUGAGACUGGGAUGAUGGCCUGGAUUUCACAGGGUUUGGAGAAAGUUGUUCCUCAGCUUGAACUGAAGAGCAAAGAUGUGUCUACAGCAGAACAGCUGGUUCAGGUGCAUCAAACAGCAGCUCCACCAGAAUUUGAAACUACUGCAAAGGAAGUGGAAGAAACUGAAAAGACAUCACCACCCAGCAUGAUGGACUGGAUCAAACACGGGAUUGUAAAAGUGGUUCCUCAACCAGAGAUCUACUCAAAGACUGAUGGAAACAACAAGACUAAAGUUCUGCCUCCAGCUCCUCCUCCAGCCACCCAGUCAACCACAAAGACUGAGUCUGUUAAGGAUGCAGAUCACCAAUCAAAUAUGAUGGGCUGGAUCGUCAGUGGGAUUGGUCACAUGCUGCCUCAGCCUGUACCAAAGCUGGACGCAGGAGGUGAUGAAGUGCAGAACGUGAGCAUCGUUCAGAAGAAGCUGGACCUUGUACUCGAGGAUGUGGAGGAGGAGGAGGCCAAGAUGAAAGUGAAAGGGCAAAGCAAAGAACCCCAGAAGCACUCCACAAAGAAGACAGAAAACGCCAGGACCCAAGUGGAUCAGCUGGGCCCAGUGAUGGACAAUGUUAAGAAGGAGGCUGAGGAGGUGAUCAUUGCUCAAAUGGAAGCAAGGCUGCAGCAGGAGCGUCUGGAAGCAGCCCGUGUUGCUGAGGAGAUGGCCAGGAAGGCAGCAGAGGAGGCCGUCCGACUACUUGAGGUUGAGCAGUCGGCUAAGAUCAUCAUACAAACUCUGCCGGAAUCCAAUGAGCCACUGCCCAACAUCCUGGAGGAGGAAAAUGAAGAUGAUCCAGAGUGUCUGAUAGACAUCGCUCCAGAAAAAGACAAGGUCGUGGCUACAGCUCAAGACAAGGCAGUGCCAAGUCCAGAAACAGGGGAACCUAUGGCCCCGCCCACUUUAUUUGAGUCAGCAGAGCGAGUCAGUCCUUCGUCAAAGGAUGUAGCACCAGGGUCAAAGAAGAAGGACCUGGGGAGUCCUGUCACCCAACAACCAGACCCACAAUCUACAAAAGACCCAUGCACCAUCACAGAGAAGCCUGGGACUGCAGCAGCAGCUGAAGAUUCUGGAUCUGGAGUUCUCAUCAUUUGUGCUCCAAUAAAGAGCUUGCUGCUUCGAUUCCCGCUUGCUGCCGAUUGUCUGGAGAGCUGCAAGAAACUGGUGCACGAGCUGGACCUCACACCUCCCGUGCUGUCCUCACCAACCGUGCCCCCGUCCCUGGCUCAGCUGACACAGCGAGUGUCGCAGCUUCACAAGCAGGCGCGCCAGCACUGCAAGAACAUCUCCAGCCGCUUCUGA